AUGGAAGCUAAUGUCCAGCUCACGAGAGUUAUCCAGGAGAUGCAGGCAGAGAUCAACAAGCUGGAGAAAGAGAAUCAAGCCCUCCGCAUGAAGCUGUCUUCGUGUAGUCAGAGAACUCCUGGCUCAGGGGGACAUUCAGGAGAUGAAAGGGAAGGGGAAGUCACAGAACUUGGUAACCUCAAAAAAGCACCUGGGCAAUCUCUAGCAACACUUCAUGGUAGUAUUUCCACUGAUUCGGCACCAGCCAUGCAAGAACACCAAGGCAAUACCAUGAUUGUUAGACGCUAUUCCGUUUCCUCUUCAACUCAUUCAUUUGCUGCAAAUGAUCCCUGGAAAGCUGAAAAAAGACAACCAAACGGUGGAAUUCCGGAAGCUCGAGGAACAGUUAAAUCACUGGCAUGUUCUUCGAUCAAGAAACAAGACAGUGAAGAAAAAAUGUUUGCAGACGAUUCUUUUACCAGCAAUAGUUCCGGCCAAACAGACUUUCCUGAGCAUGUUUUCGGCUGCAGGGACAAGAGAAAGACAGUCAGUUUCCUGUUACCCAUGGACACUUCUUCAUAUCUCCAAAAUCCAAGUUCUUUGAAAUACUCACCAAAUCAGACCACAAGCCAGCUAAGUACCAUUGCAGAAUAG